AGAAGGAAGCCAGAAACCAAAUAUUAAAGAAAUAAAAGAAGGCAGCCUCUCCUCAGUCCUCACCUCUUCACCUUCUCUACCUUUUUUCCUCCACCAUUAAUUUGAUUCCGCAGUGGUCUUUUUCCUGUAUUGGAUUGUACUGAUUCCCAUCUAAAAAACCCAUCUCAAUAUCUAAUUUUUUUCCCUUUUAGAAGUUCUCCAUUUUCUCUUCAUCUUUCUCUUUUCUUCCCUCCUUUCCUAUCUCCUUUUCGCUCUCUGGAUUGGUUGAGCUUCAGCCCGAGCUUCUGGUUUUGCUUGCAGAUAAUUUAUUCCCGGGUUUUUAGGCCGUCAUGGUUUUUGUUUGAAGUGUGGUAGAGACAAAUUUGGAGGCAUGGGAAAGCAUGGACCUUGCCGUCAUUGUGGAGUUACAAAUACUCCUCUUUGGCGUAAUGGGCCACCAGAAAAGCCAGUUUUAUGUAAUGCUUGUGGUUCAAGAUGGAGGACUAAGGGGACUUUGGUGAACUACACUCCUUUGCAUGCCCGUGAGCCAAUUAAUUGGGAAGAGCCCAAAUUUGCUAAAGUGAAAAUUAUAUAUAGCAAGCCUAAAGUGGAGAAAUUGCAGAAAAGAAAGAAGAUGAUUGGUGUGGUGGAGAAUAAGUAUGAAAUUUCAUUAUCUGAAACAUUAGAAGAGGAUGCUAGCUCUGGUCCAGCGAUAUCAUAUUCAGAAAGCUGUGCACAUUUUGGCAACACUGACGCAAAUGAUUGGACAGGCUCAGCACAAUCAAAUGCAUGGGACUCACUAGUUCCAUCAAAGAAGAGAAGUGUUAUCCGCCCUAAACAUUCUUCUGUUGAAAAGCUUACCAAAGACCUAUACUCCAUUUGGCAUGAACAACAAUCAUCAAACAUAUCUGGAACUUCAGAUGAUGAUUUACUUUUUGAAGAUGAAAAUCCAAUUGGUUCAGUUGAAAUAGGGCAUGGAGGUGUUCUGCUUAGACAUCCAUGGUCAAAAGCAGUAGAGGAGGAAUCAGAAGCUAGUUCUCUUCCAUUAUAUGAUAAGUUAGUCUGUGAUGCCUCAAGACCUUCAUCCCUUCCUAUAAAUAUUGAAACUAAAAGAACUAAUUUCUCUAGCGCUUCCAUGAACAAACUUAAGAUUUCUACAGCACAUUUGGCACAAGAAAAUGCUACAAGGGUCAGAUUUUCUCCGGAUAUCUUGAAUAUGCUGCAAUCCAGAGAUUCACUUCUGUGGUCUGCAAAACUUGAAGGUGUUGUUAGCUUCGAGGUUUUCAUGAAACAUUUGACAAAUGAUGAGCAGCAGUAUUUGAUGAAAUAUCUACCUUCUAUUGAUACUGCUGAACCUACUGAUAGCCUUAAAAUCAUGUUCUCCAGUUACCAAUUCUUGGAAUCCUUUUCUCAUUUCAAACAACUUCUGCAAGAGGGGCUUUUUGAUCUCACCUUUUUACAAAUGAGCGUUGAAGAAUGUAGUACUUUGAAGAGGCUUGUGUUGCUCAAUUUAACCCAAUCUAGAUGGGUGCAACUCUACAAGCAGCUAAAGGAGAAAAAACAGAAACAAGUUACUGGUGCAAAAAUUGAUGAAAGGGGAAAGGAUUUUUAUGAUCAUUCCAAUGUGACACCUACUAAGAGGCGUUGUGAGAGCGAGAAUCAGCAUUUACUAGAAUCUAAGGUUACUACCAUGAGGAGCCCUAAACAAGUACACAGAUACAUCAGCACCUCUCCUCCCUUCAGGAAAUCAAGGAAGUCAAGAGAAGAACCAACACAAGCUAUUUAUGACGCUGAAGACAUUGUUGAUAAUGAGGGAACUUGCUUCAGUCCGAGAAGCCUCUUCACAUCACCGCCUUAUAGAAGCUCCAUGCUGCAAUCAACAGAUGAAAGUUCUGAUCAUGAUUUGCUGAUUAACGUGCAUGUUGUUGUUGUUGUUGUUUACAGCGUCGAGGGAUCAAAAUGA